AUGAAUGUGACUAUCCUCACUACUGCAUGCGCAGCUAUCAUCCACGGAACAUGGUUAAGUGAUCCUUUGCAAGAGACCAAACUUGGCCGCCGCGCUGCGCUUUCUGUGUCGGCAUUUUUCUGUGCCAUGGGUGCGCUUGGGUCCGCAUGGUGUGAGGAAUGGUGGCACAUCCUGAUAUGCCGUCUGAUACUUGGAGUUGGGAUUGGAGCAAAAGCUUCUAUUGCUCCUGUUCUUGCAGCGGAAGGAGCGCCCGACCACCUACGAGGUCGGCUUCUGAUGAUGUGGCAAGUAUUCGACACGUUUGGUAUCUUUGUGGGAUUUGUCUGCUUCUGGAUUUGUAGGCGGAGCUGGCAGGCGCUUUUAGGGAGCGCCGCUGUUCCAUCUCUGAUCCUCCUCGUUCUGGCAUUUCUGUGUCCGGAAUCUCCACGAUUCCUAAUUCGGAAUAACAAAAUUGCAAAGGCGUUUAUCAGUCUCCGUCAGUUACGAGGAUCUGACAUUCAGGCCGCCAAAGAUCUAUACUACAUCCACAGCCAACUGCAAUUACAAACCGAGUUGUUCGACGGUAAACGGCCAGAGAAAUGGUGGGAGGGGGAUUCCUACCAAGAGAAGGUCAAGAACCAGUUCUUCUUCAAAAGGGUAUGGGCUCUUUUCACCGUUCCACGCAACCGUCGAGCCGUUGUUGCGGCGUUUCUGGUGAUGGCGGCCCAGCAGCUUUGUGGAAUUAAUGUCCUUUCUUUUUAUUCCUCUACCCUGUUUCGCUCCGUGGCCCCCUCUAAUGAAGAAACUCCAACCUCGCGCAAUUGUAACAUAGCCGACAUCGUUAAUUGUAACUCUCUAACGGACAACCGCGUGGCUUGGCAGAACAUCGGGUUCGGUCUAACCAAUUUCCUAUUUACAAUCCCAGCCUACUUAUGGAUCGACCGAAAAGGCCGUCGGAUUCUCUUGUUAUACUCCCUCGGCGGGAUUUUCUUCACUCUUAUCAUGAUCGCCGGCUUUUUCCGUCUAAUAAACGACAACGAUGCUCGGAUAGGUGUGGUUAGUGCUCUUACAAUUGGGGUUUUCACUCUAUUUUAUGGUAUUGGUGCAGGGCCUGUUCCAUUCACCUUCAGUGCGGAAGUGUUUCCCUUGGCUUUUCGAGAGGUUGGUAUGAGCUUUAGUGUUAUGGUUAACUUCGUUGGUUUGAGUCUGUUGAUUCUCUUUGUGCCACCUUUGACGGCUGCUUUAUCCCCAAAGGGGCUGGAUUUUGAAACUUAUCACCUCCUUGGCCAGUCGAAUAUGCUCUUCUUCUUCGCCGGCCUCAAUGCACUGGCUUUUGUCCUUGUAUUUUUCCUGGUCCCAAGUCGCACAGCGGAAAUUAGCCUGGAAGAAAUGGAUGCCAUAUUCAAUACAAGGACAUCUGUGCACGUAUUAGAUCACCUUUCUGCUGUUCUGCGCCGCCCACGAGGGCAAGAGAGAGAAUCGGAGGACGAAGAGACAGAGAUCCCGUUGGAGAGAACAGCACCUGGUGCUUGA